AUGGUUGGAGUAGCACUUAUUGUAGCAUAUUAUGCAGCAUGGUCAAUCUAUGCUCGAACAUAUUUUGUUAGUGAUAUUCAAGGAAAUAAACUAACUCAUAUUAAUUAUGCUUUUGCUAAUAUUGGCUUUGAUGGACGAAUUGCUUUGGGUGAUCCAUGGGCUGAUGUUGAAAAAACCUUUGCUGGUGAUACAUGGAAUCAACCAUUACGAGGAAAUUUUAAUCAAUUACUUAAACUUAAACAGAAAUAUCCACAUCUGCGAACAUCAAUUUCCAUCGGCGGAUGGACAUGGUCUGGAAAAUUCUCUGAUAUAGCUGUAAACACAGAAAGUCGAAGUAAAUUUAUUCAAUCAUGUAUAGAAUUUAUUCGUAAGUAUGGCUUCGAUGGAAUUGAUGUCGAUUGGGAAUAUCCUGUAUCUGGUGGCCUACCAGCAAAUAUUCGUCGGCCAGAAGAUAAACAAAAUUAUCUAUUUUUGUUAAAAGAACUUCGGAAUCAGUUAGAUGUAGCCGGCAAAGUUGAUCGGAAAAAUUAUCUAUUAACUAUUGCAGCAGGAGCAAGUCCUGAACGUAUUAUUGAUAUGGAUUUACGUAACAUGUCUACCUAUCUUGACUGGAUAAAUGUUAUGACAUAUGAUUUUCAUGGUGGUUGGGAAACAAAAACUGGUCAUAAUGCUCCUUUAUUCAAAAAUAAUGCUGAAACAACAACUGAUGUUCCUCCGUCCUUUAUGAAAUCAAAAUAUAACUCUCAUGAAGCUAUUCAGAGUUAUAUCACAGCUGGGAUACCACGCUCACAAUUAGUUAUGGGUUUAAGUUUAUAUGGACGUGGUUGGCAAGGAGUAAAUAGUACAUAUUUAAAUGGAUUUUCACAGCCUGCUUCUGCUGAACUACCUAUUGGUACGUGGGAAAAUGGAGUUUUUGAUUAUGAUCAUUUGAAAAGAAGCUAUUUACCAACAUAUACACGCCAUUGGGAUAGCGAAUCUAAAGUACCUUUUCUCUACAAUCCAACGACAGGUAUAUGGAUUAGUUAUGAUGAUUCUCAAUCGAUAACAAUAAAAAGUGAUUAUAUAAAACGUGAAAAAUUAGCUGGUGCUAUGUUUUGGGAAUUAAGUACGAAUCAUAAUUACGAAUUAAUUGAUAUUACAUUUAGAAUACUAAAUAAUAAUAAUAUAACACAGUCAUUAGAAUCCAAUCCGACAACCACAUCAAUACCGUCGAUUGCUGCGACUAAUUCGAUUUCUACUGUUCGUUUAGCAUCAACAAAACCAUUCAGUAAUAAAAGUCCUGUUUGGAAAAAAUAUAAAAACUACAAAAUUGGGGACCGAGUUUCAUAUGCAAAUAAAAUCUAUCAAUGUAUUCUAGCACAUAAAUCAUUACCAUAUUGGACACCAUUUGCUAUUCCUGCUCUUUGGCAGCUUUUGUAA